UGCGGGGGAGCCGCCGCCGGGGCCAUGCAGCCGCCGCCGCAGCCCUACGAGUUCUUCAGCGAGGAGAACGGCCCCAAAUGGCGGGGGCUCUUCGUGCCCGCGCUGCGCAAGGUUCAGCAACAGGUUCAUCCCAGUUUUUCAGCAAAAGAAGAUUCCCUCUAUUAUAUUGAAGAGUUGAUACUUCAGCUGCUAAACAAACUAUGCAUUGCACAGCCACGGACUGUCCAAGAUGUUGAGGAGCGAGUUCAAAAGACAUUUCCUCAUCCAAUCGACAAGUGGGCUAUUGCUGAUGCACAGUCUGCUAUAGAGAAACGAAAACGAAGAAACCCUCUCCUACUACCUGUGGACAAGAUACAUCCCCUAUUAAAGGAGGUUCUAGGCUAUAAAGUAGAUUAUCAUGUCUCUCUUUAUAUUGUGGCUGUUUUGGAAUACAUCUCCGCUGACAUUUUGAAACUGGCUGGAAAUUAUGUUUUCAAUAUACGACACUUUGAAAUCUCCCAGCAAGACAUUAAAGUGUCUAUGUGUGCUGAUAAGGUUUUGAUGGAUAUGUUUGAUCAGGAUGUUAUUGGUUUGGUUUCGCUGUGUGAAGAUGAGCCCUCUUCUUCAGGUGAACUCAAUUACUAUGAGCUAGUGAGAACUGAAAUUGCAGAAGAAAGACAAUAUCUACGGGAGUUGAAUCUGAUAAUAAAAGUGUUUCGGGAAGCUUUCCUGUCUAACAGAAAGUUAUUCACACCUUAUGAUAUCGAUACGAUCUUUAGCAACAUUUCAGAUAUUCAUGAAUUGACUGUGAAGCUUUUGGGGUUGAUUGAGGAUACUGUUGAAAUGACAGAUGAAAGUAGUCCUCAUCCUUUGGCUGGCAGCUGCUUUGAAGAUCUGGCAGAGGAACAAGCCUUUGAUCCAUAUGAAACUUUAUCCCAGGAUAUUCUUUCCCCACGGUUUCAUGAGCAUUUUAACAACUUGAUGGCUAAACCAGCUGUUGCGCUACAUUUUCAGUCUAUUGCUGAAGGUUUUAAAGAAGCUGUACGGUAUGUUCUUCCACGGCUUAUGCUGAUCCCAGUUUAUCAUUGUUUGCACUACUUUGAAUUAUUACAGCAAUUGCAGGAAUGCAGUGAAGAUGAAGAAGACAGGGAGUGCUUGAAACAAGCCAUUACUGCUCUUUUAAAUCUCCAGUGCAGCAUGGAGCGCAUUUACAAUAAACAUUCACCUAGACGGCGGCCUUGGGAGACAAUUUGUCGUUUCUACAACCGCCAAGUAAGAAGCAAGCACCUGGCCAUCAAAAAAAUGAAUGAGAUCCAGAAAAAUAUUGAUGGUUGGGAAGGCAAAGAUAUUGGCCAGUGCUGCAAUGAAUUCAUAAUGGAAGGUGUGCUGACAAGGAUAGGAGCCAAACAUGAACGCCACAUAUUUCUCUUUGAUGGUUUACUGAUCAGCUGUAAAACUAAUCAUGGACAAUCGCGGCUUCCAGGUUACAGCAAUACAGAGUACAGACUUAAGGAAAAAAUUAUCAUGAGGAAAAUGCAGAUCAUUGACAAAGAUGACACUUGUGAAUACAAACAUGCUUUUGAGCUAGCGUCUAAAGAUGAAAACAGCAUAGUGUUUGCUGCCAAGUCUGCUGAAGAGAAGAACAAUUGGAUGGCAGCUCUGAUUUCCCUUCAGUAUCGCAGUACACUGGAUCGAAUGCUUGACUCAGUGUUACUGCAAGAAGAAAAUGAACAGCCACUGAGGCUGCCCAGCCCAAAUGUGUAUCGUUUUGUAGUGGAAGACUCUGAGGAAAACAUUGUUUUUGAGGAUAAUCUGCAAAGUAGGAACGGAAUCCCGAUCAUCAAAGGAGGAACUGUAGUGAAACUAAUUGAAAGGCUAACAUACCAUAUGUAUGCAGAUCCUAAUUUUGUUCGCACUUUCCUUACUACCUACCGCUCCUUUUGUAAGCCACAGGAAUUGCUGAGCUUGUUGAUUGAAAGGUUUGAAAUCCCAGAGCCUGAGCCUACUGAAGCAGAUAGGUUGGCAAUAGAGAAAGGAGAACAGCCAAUCAGCGCAGACCUGAAAAGAUUUCGCAAGGAAUAUGUCCAGCCAGUACAACUCAGGAUAUUAAAUGUUUUUCGACACUGGGUAGAACAUCAUUUUUAUGAUUUUGAAAGAGAUCUGGAGUUGCUCGAUAAACUGGAGACAUUUAUUUCAAGUGUAAGAGGCAAAUCCAUGAAGAAGUGGGUAGAAUCCAUUGCUAAGAUUAUCAAGAGAAAAAAACAAGCUCAAGCAAAUGGAAUUAGUCAUAACAUUACCUUUGAGAGCCAACCUCCCCCAAUUGAAUGGCAUAUUUGCCACCUUGGACAGUUUGAGAUGGACCUCAUGACACUACAUCCAAUAGAAAUUGCUCGUCAGCUAACACUUCUAGAAUCUGAUCUCUACAGGGCAGUGCAGCCGUCUGAACUUGUUGGGAGUGUGUGGACUAAAGAAGAUAAGGAAAUUAACUCCCCAAAUCUAUUGAAAAUGAUUCGGCACACUACAAAUCUUACUCUUUGGUUUGAAAAGUGCAUUGUGGAAACAGAGAAUUUUGAGGAGCGAGUGGCUGUGUUAAGUAGGAUAAUCGAAAUUCUGCAGGUUUUUCAAGAGUUGAAUAAUUUCAAUGGUGUGUUGGAGAUAGUCAGUGCGAUGAAUUCUGUGUCCGUGUACAGACUAGAUCAUACAUUUGAGGCAUUACAGGAGAGAAAAAAGAAAGUUUUGGAUGAAGCAGUAGAACUAAGUCAAGAUCACUUUAAGAAAUACCUAGCUAAACUCAAGUCAAUCAACCCACCCUGCGUGCCUUUCUUUGGAAUCUAUCUAACAAAUAUUCUGAAGACAGAAGAAGGGAAUCCAGACUUUCUUAAAAGACAAGGGAAAGAGUUAAUCAACUUCAGUAAGAGAAGAAAAGUGGCUGAAAUUACAGGCGAAAUUCAGCAGUAUCAAAACCAACCUUACUGUUUACGGAUAGAACCAGAAAUACGGCGGUUUUUUGAAAAUCUCAAUCCUAUGGGAAAUGCACCAGAAAAAGAGUUUACAGACUACUUGUUCAACAAAUCAUUAGAAAUUGAACCUCGAAACUGCAAGCAGCCACCUAGAUUUCCUAGGAAAACAACAUACCCUCUAAAAUCUCCUGGAAUAAGGCCCAAUACUGGCAGACAUGGUUCCACCUCUGGAACCUUGCGAGGUCACCCGACACCACUGGAAAGGGAACCAUGUAAAAUAAGUUUCAGUAGAAUUACUGAAGCAGAGCAUGAGUCAGCAGCAUCGGCCCCGACUUCUCCGAAUACGCCAUCUACUCCACCAGUGUCUGCCUCUUCAGAACGUAGUGUAUUUUUAGAUAUUGAUCUCAACAGUUCUUAUGGUAACAAUAGCAUCUUUGCUCCUGUCCAUUUGCCGCAGUCAAAAUCUUUCUUCAGUUCGUGUGGUAGUAUACAUAAACUAAGUGAAGAGCCUCUGGUUCCUCCUCCACUUCCUCCACGCAAAAAGUUUGAUCAGGAUGCUUCUAACUCUAAGGGAAGUUUAAAAUCUGAUGAUGAUCCUCCUGCUAUUCCACCAAGGCAACCUCCUCCUCCAAAGAUACAACCUAGAGUUCCUGCUUACAAUAAUCCAUUUGAUCAACUGCUGCAUAGUCCACCACCACCCCCUCCAAGAGACCCUCUUCCUGACACCCCUCCACCAGUACCACUUCGGCCUCCAGAACACUUCAUAAACUGUCCAUUUAACCUCCAGCCACCGCCAGUGGGACGCUUUCACAGAGAUCCAGAUCGGUUCAGGGAAGCCAGCACAUGCCCAAGCUCACCAAACACUCCUCCAAGCACCCCCUCUCCAAGGGUCCUGCGUCGCUGCUAUGUGCUCAGCUCAAGUCACAACAACCUUGCCCAUCCUACAGCUCCUCCAGUCCCACCAAGGCAAAAUUCUAGCCCUCAGUUACCAAAACUGCCACCAAAGACUUACAAAAGGGAGCUUUCCCAUCCUCCUUUGGACAGACAGUUUUUGCUAGAAAAUGCAGAAACUCCUCAAUGACCUUAGCCAUAUUAGUCAUUGACACUGGAAUAGUAUUUGUAAAGUUCCUUUUUAUUUAUUCAAAAAAGGCAGUGUAUUUUAGUACUUUCACAAAUAAUGCUCUUACAAAAGUGCUGCUGAUCAAAACAAAGUUAAAAAUUCGAAAAAUAAGAAUACACCCUCCGCUCUUUGUCUACUCCCACAGCAUUACCCUCAGGUGAUCAGUAGCAUUGCCUUGUCUCAGAUCCUCAGUGCCGACAGCUAUGCCAGUAUAAAGAUUAUAUAUUUUGCACUGUAAACUACACUACAUGAAUUUAAACUAUCAGUUCAUUGCACUGAGCCGAAAAAAAGGUGUGUUUGUGGAAUUUUUCAAAUUUGAGCACUAGUGGCCUUU